AUGAUGAAGCUCAAGUCAAACCAGACCCGGACGUACGACGGAGACGGCUACAAGAAGCGCGCUGCCUGCCUGUGCUUCAGGACCGAAUCGGAGGAGGAGGUGCUGCUGGUGAGCAGCAGUAGACAUCCCGAUAAGUGGAUAGUUCCAGGAGGGGGCAUGGAACCGGAGGAGGAACCUAACGUCGCUGCUGCUCGGGAAGUGUGUGAGGAGGCGGGCGUGAAAGGGACGCUGGGUCGCUUAGUCGGUGUGUUCGAGAAUCAGGAGAGGAAGCACAGAACCUUCGUCUACGUUCUCAUCGUGACGGAGGUGCUGGAGGAUUGGGAGGACUCGGUCAACAUUGGGAGGAAAAGGGAAUGGUUUAAAAUAGACGAUGCCAUCCAAUUGUUGCAAAGUCACAAGCCCGUGCAGGCCACCUACUUCGGGGCUCUCCAAGAGAGCUGCCUGACCAGCAACGGGACCCCAUUGGUGGCCACGAUAAGCGGGGAGCUCUCCCCGGCCUACAGCAUCACCCAGAGCUCCGUCUCGGAUAUCAGAUAA